CGUUCCUUCCAGGUCUGAAUCUGGCUAGAAACUCUGAACCCGUGAAAUCCGACGGGGUAUCAUCUUCAGCUCGGAUACUCUUCACAAACCAACAGCCGAUCAUUGGCGCGCCUUGCAUCCACAUCCCUGCCGCCCUUCCCCCCUCACAUCAUCCUUAUCGCGCCCUCAAACGGUGCCUUUGCACACCAUCCCGAUUACACAUGAUGGUGAUGAACCCACUACAACUCACAGGUGCCGAGACUGUCAUUGGGCACUGGGAGGCGCCGAGCGGCGUCGGCGAGCGAUGCAAAACACCAGCAAAACAUACGGCGGGCUAGCCCUUCCGUGAUCUCUCCUUCUGCUCUCUUUCUACCUGCGGACACCGUCCUCGGCGAUUGAAGGGCUGCUCGUGACGAUGGACGUACUCCCCAUUAACCUGAAGGGGAUCCCUUCCAACUUGUUGGAGGCAAUCCCCUUCGACAUCAAGUGCAUCCCCCUCGGCGUGAAGGCGAUCCCACUCACCGGCAAGACCAUCACCGCGACCGCGCUUGCCAGCCUCGUCCUCGUCCUCCUCGGCAAGACCGUCUCGCGCAGCCUCUCAAAGCGUCCGCCCGGCCCGCCCGGGGAAUUCUUCUCGGGGAACGCGCACCAGCUGCCGGCGACAACGAAAGAGAAAUGGGAGACGUAUAUGCGGUGGGCGGAGGAGUAUGGCAGUCCUGUCAUCUACUACCGCGUGCAUCGCAAGCAAUUCGUCGUAAUCAACAAUGUCAAGGCCGCGUUCGAUCUCCUGGAGGGGCGUUCCAACAUCUACUCGGACCGGCCCAUGGCGUGGUUCUUCAUGGCGCCGCAGCUUGGGGGCAGAGGAAUGUCCCCUACCAACAUCUCCUCCCAACACCCUCUGCACAAGACGUAUCGGCGCAUGCUCGGGCACGGCCUCAACCAGCGCGCGGUGAAGAGCUACAGUCCAAUCAUGCGCGAGGAGCUGAAGACGCUGGUGAAUAACAUCAAUAGCGCACCGGAGGGUUUCAUUGCGCAUAUCCGAAGACUCUCCAACGCCACAUCACUCAAGCUAGCAUACGGCUGGCCCAUGAAGGACGACAACGACAUGCUGAUCGAGAUGAUCAAGGAGGCGUUCUACCUCGCUGGUAUCGCGCUACAGCCGGGCAGGUGGGCUGUGGACUCGUGGCCUAUAUUGCGCUUCGUCCCCGACUGGUUCCCCUUCACCGGGUGGAAAAAGACGGCGAAGAGGGUUGCGACACGGUCGAAGGAGAUUGACACGAUUCCGUUCACUUGGGCGAAAGAGCAAAUUGCCAAGGGCGACUACGUCGACUCAUUUGCCUCUCACUUCUUGCUACCCGAGGACAAGCACGAAGUCACCCCAGAGGAGGAGGCCCUUAUUCAGACUUGCGCCACUUCCUUCUUUGCCGGUGGGUCAGAUACGACUGUUUCCGCCAUGUCCUCCUGCGUUCUCGCUCUCGCCCGGCAUCUCGACAUCCAGCGCCGCUUCCAGGCCGAGAUAGAUAAGUUUGUCGCCGAAAACAAUAGGCUGCCGACCACGACGGACCGCGACGAUCCGGCAAUCGCAUACGUGCGCGCGGUGAUCAGUGAGGUUGAGCGAUUCGCGCCCGUUGCGCCGAUCGGCCCCGCACACCGUCUCACGCAAGACGAUUACUACGAGGGGUAUCUCAUCCCUAAGGGCACCACAAUUGUGCCGAGCAUAUGGGCCAUGACGAGGGAUCCUGCAGUAUACUCCGAGCCGGAAAAGUUCGACCCAGAGCGAUUCUUGCCACCUCGGAACGAGCUCGAGCCCAAGAAGCUGGUCUUUGGCUUCGGUCGCCGCAUCUGCCCGGGCGCUUACUUCGCUGAGACCUCCCUCUUCUUCAACCUCACGAAUCUCCUGGCAAUAUACGACCUCAAGCCAGGCAAAGAUGAGAACGGGAACGUCGUCGACUUGCGCAAGGUGCAGUAUAAGACCGGGCUGACGAGCCAUCCGGAGCCGUUCAAGUGCGAUUUCGUGUGCAGGAAUCCGGAGCUGAUGGCGAGGUUGUUGGAAGAGUAGGGUUAUAGGAGGGUGGAUGGAUAGGAGGAUUGGAAUAUAUGGUGUGGUAUAGAUGUACAUUCUGGGAGCAUACAGCAGAGCUGUAUCGGAAGUCGAAAAAAAGCAUGGAAGUUCGGCUUUGUCCCCUAA